GUCAAGCCUUUAUUUUGAUGACCGCACAUGGCCACGUGAGCUUGUCCCUCAUCGCGCAUAUCCACAGGUGGUAUCUAACCGUUCUCAUACGCCGAGGUGAAGUUGUCUCCUGCGCUCGGGGCCAGGUCGUUGUCAUUAACUGUGAAAAAGACAAGAAAAGGACAGUCUUUUUAUACGUUUGGAUACAGAAAGGAGAAUCCUGUUUACUUCUGGUUUUACUUUAGAAAGUUACAGUGGGGCACACCGUCCUUUUGUCGCUUUUUUUGUGCGCAUUGAUGUUCACCAGCACUGCUACGGACCCGCAGGUGUACACGCGCUAUUUGAUUGCCUUCACAUAUUUUUCAGGUUACCUUGAGCUUGAGAGUGGGCGGCGACAUCCGUUCACAUGAUGGCGCUGACAGUGAACCUGAUUGGUCCGUCUCCUUGGGGCUUCAGAAUAUACGGAGGAAGGGACUUCAAGAAGGCGAUAACGGUAUCCAAGGUCAACCAGGGCAGCAAGGCGGAGCAGGCGGCCCUGCAGCCUGGUGACAUCAUCCUGGAGAUCAACGGGGAGAACACGUCCGACAUGCUGAACGUGGAGGCCCAGAACAAGAUCAAGAACUCCAAGACCCAACUGCAGCUGGCGGUGGAGAGACCAGAACCACCCAGCCCCGGACAGACCAAUGGCAUGACCACCCCAGAGCAACUCACUGGACGCUUCCAGGAAGCAGUCCUGGUGAGCAGAGAUGAGAACCAGAACUACAGAGAGUACUCCAUCUCCAGUCCAGCCUCCCUGUCCCCAGGGCCGUACUCCCCAGAGCCUCCCGCCAGCCCCGACGGCAAGAGGGACUCCGUCACCCCCGGCAACAACAAGAGCGUCCAGCUGCGUUCGUGGUCUCCCGAGGAGAAGCUCCACAGCCACAGGUUGUCCAGACCCCUGUCACAGGAGUUCUCCUCUCCAGACUUCAGGAGCAACUCCGUGUCCAGCCGCACCCCCACCCCUCCGGGACGCUACUCCCCCCUCAGCCCUGUGGACCGGGACAUGUCCAUCUCUCCCAGACGCAGCAGCUCCAGCAGUGACUUUGCCAUGCAGAGGUUCGACCGCGACUCGGAGGUCUACAAGAUGAUCCAGGAGAACAAGGAGUCUCGCACGGCCCCCAGGCAGUCCAACACCUUCCGCAUGCUGCAGGAGGUCCUGGAAGCUGACGAGAAGGAGGCCGCUCAGCGAUUCCCCGGGAACCUCUCCGCCCCCAGCCCCCCCAAGCCCAGCCCAGCGGUGGGAGGAGGGAGCAAGCACCACACCUGUGAGAAGUGUGGCUCCAGCAUUGUCACCCAGGCGGUGCGCAUCAUCGACGACCGCUUCCGCCACCCGGAGUGCUACACCUGCACAGACUGCGGCCUCAACCUGAAGAUGCGCGGCCACUUCUGGGUGGGCGAGGAGAUGUUCUGUGAGAAGCACGCCCGCGAGAGGUACCAGGGCGUGGGCGCCCCGACUCGCUCCACUGUUUCCCCCCACCACUGAGGCCCCUGCCCCCCCCCCCCCCCCGCGCGCCCUCCGCUGCCCCACCCUGGACCCUCAAGACCACCUGAUCUUCAGUUACAGACCCUGGGCCGGGGAUUGGGGCGUGGGCGUUGGUCGUGCACGAGAUGUGCCAUUUCUAUUAGCCUUUACAAUAACUUCACUUUGCAGUUUUACCAUACAGAUUUUUUCUUUCCUGUCAUUUGUACAUGGUUUGGAAGUGUGCUCUUCAAUGUCCUUAUCCCAGACCAUGUAGUCUAUCUGGGUUGAUACUGUAGUUGGCUCGAAUGAUAAUACUGUACAUCGGCAUCAUAUACACCCUACUACACGACAGGACUGGUUUCCUGGUUGUACGAGCAGCAGAGUUAUGAUGAAAGCCCUUUAAUUUCCUAUUGAUUUCUCAAGACCCAUUGUAUAAGUAAAAAGAGACCUAAGAUUGAAAAUGACAUAAUUACGAAUGGUGUGUGUUUGUGUGUGCGCAAGACUGUUUUUCUGUGUGUGUGUGUGUGUGUGUGUGUGUGUGUGUGUGUGUGUGUGUGUGUGUGUGUGUGUGUGUGUGUGUGUGUGUGUGUGUGUGUGUGUGUGUGUGUGUGUGUGUGUGUGUCUGAUGGUAUUUCAGUUUGAUCAUUCAUUUGAAGUGCCUGGUUUAUAUUUGAAUAACUGAUUGGGUUUUUUUGUUACUGUAGAGUAUUAGGACUGAGGCAUUUAGGUUUUCUUCUUCUUCUUUUGUAAACACGACUACAGUAUUUAGGAGAAACAACUUCUUGCCAAUCUAUACUUUAAUUAUGCUUAAACUUUUGCUUGUUGGUUAAUGAGGGAAUAUUAAGACAUGCUAUAUACAAAUGAUCUUUCUUUGUGAAUAUAUUUUUGAUGGAGAAAUACACCGUAUUAAAUUGUUAAUUUGCUUAAUACCGCACAUAUAACCAAUGCUGCAUGACUUUUGUUUAGUUUGAAUGGGAUUCACUUCAGUUACAUAGGCACCUAGACCAAAACGUGUGUGCACCUAGUCGCACAGAAUGAAGGUUUACAGGAUAUUCUAUAAGUUUUGCAUGGUGAAGGGACAUUUUCUUCAUGUACAGGUUGGUUUGGAAAUGCACAGUGAUGUUUAGGUAUAGGUGUGUACAUUUAUGCUGAUAUAGUUUGUUGUACAUUUACGUUAUUCACAAUAUACUGUAGCUUGGCCUACCGCCUGUAUCGUGAGAACUAAGUGAAGUCGACUGCUCCUUGGCAGUACUCACUAGUAAGGCCCCAGGUGUUUGUACAUUACAUGACAUCAAGUCUCCAUGGACGGCAAGUGCCCUAUUCUCACUAACUUAAAGGUGAAUCGACAUGUUUGCAUGAUGCUUUGUUUAAAAAAAUAAAUUGCAUCUUUGAUGCUGUCUAAAAAGCGA